CACGGAGACCCAUGUCUCUGCACACAGCAGUAGCAGCGGGAUUAUUAUAUUUCAUAUCGAGGAUGAGAGCCCUGCUAAUGUAAAAAAUGGGAGACUGGAAUUUCCUUGGUGGGAUCUUGGAGGAGGUCCAUAUCCACUCCACCAUGGUAGGCAAGAUCUGGCUUACUAUCCUAUUCAUCUUCCGGAUGCUGGUGCUGGGCGUGGCUGCAGAGGAUGUGUGGAACGACGAACAGUCCGACUUCAUCUGCAACACAGAGCAGCCUGGCUGCCGUAACGUCUGCUACGACCAGGCCUUCCCCAUCUCCCUGAUCCGGUACUGGGUGCUCCAGGUGAUCUUUGUGUCCUCGCCAUCCCUGGUGUACAUGGGCCAUGCUAUUUACCAGCUGCGUGCUCUGGAGAAGGAGCGACACUGCAAGAAGGUGGCGCUGCGCAGGGAGCUGGAGGCUGUGGAUGCAGAAAUGGUGGAAGUGAAGAGGAGGAUUGAGAAGGAGAUGAGGCAGCUGGAGCAGGGGAAGCUGAACAAAGCCCCCCUGAGGGGUUCGCUGCUGUGCACCUACGUAGCUCACAUUGUCACUCGUUCAGUGGUGGAGGUCAGCUUCAUGACAGGUCAGUACAUCCUCUACGGACACCGCCUGAACACAUUGUAUAAGUGUGAGAGGGAGCCGUGCCCCAAUGUAGUGGACUGCUUCGUCUCCAGACCCACGGAGAAAACCGUCUUCAUGAUGUUCAUGCAAGCCAUCGCCUGCAUCUCCCUGUUCCUCAGCCUACUGGAGAUCAUGCAUCUGGGCUUCAAGAAAAUCAAGAAGGGCAUCUUGAACUACUAUCCUCAUCUCAAAGACGACCUGGACGACUACUACGUUAGCAAGUCCAAAAAGAACUCUGUUGUGCAUCAGGUGUGCGUUGGAACUUCAGUGGGACGCAAGAGUACGAUUCCCACUGCUCCUACAGGAUACACCUUACUGCUGGAGAAGCAGGGCAACGGACCCAACUACCCCCUCCUCAGUGCUUCCUCUGCCUUCGUCCCAAUUCAAGGGGAUCCCAGUGCAAAGCCGGAGGGCCACAAGGACGUCAAAGAAGGAGUGCCAAGCCCCACAGAACAGAAUAGUAACUCCAACAACACCAGCAGUGAGACACGCUCACCUCCUAUGGACAAACAUGACGAACCAGAGGAUCUCUCCUCCCCCCACCAAGACGACUUGGAGUGUGAGAGCUCAGAGUACCCCACUCUGCCUGUGGCAGACACCUCCUCUUCCACCACAUUGUCAGGCAUAGCAAGGAAGACACGGCGGCUCAGUCCACCGUGGAACUGCUCGACGGUGGUUGAGGGGAACUGUUCGGACAGUGGAGACUCCUACCAUGGAAACGGCAGCAUGAAGCUUCGCAGCAGCUGCGCCGGCCCCAGAGCAAGGAUCGUCUCCAAGUCGGACUCGAAGAGGCCUAGCAGGUCCCAGAGCCCAGACUCUGUGGGAGAACUGAGCUCAGUGUCUCGACACAGCCGGGAGAGUAACAGUCCUGUCACUUCUUCACCGAACCGAAGAGUGUCAGCGGCAAGCAGCGGGAGCAGCAGACGAGCCCCGACUGACUUACAAAUUUAAAUCUGACUUCAUUUCAAUGUGCUAAAAGUCCUGAUCCAGUCCUUUAUUUAUAUUUUUUUUCUAGCCAGAAGUCUCUGAAAUCUUUAAAGUGGUCUUGUUUAAUUUUUCGCCAAGAUUGUGUGUGGACUUUUGCUGCUUUUUAUGGCAGUUUCAGAGGAAUGUCUUUUUGUUUGUUGAGAUUACUUCUCUCUGAAUCAUUCAACCCAUCAACUGGGAUAUGGAGUUACCUAGAUUUCUAAAUGCAACAGCAGUCUUGAUCAACAGUUCUUCAGGAUUUCUGAAGGUCUUCUAGAGUUUUUCUGUGGAGAUUGAUUUGAUUUCUGUCUACUAUCAGAGGAAUAUUUUUAAAGCCUGCAAUUCUGACCUAUAAGUAAGACUCUUAAACACAAGUGUUGUCUUGGGCUCAGAUUUGUUCUUUGGGCAUGUUGUCAGCUUAAUCUGAAUAAAUCACUUGAACAUCAGGGUUUAAAAGACAGAAGACAAGAUUUUAGUCCCAACUGGGUAAUUCCCAAAAGCUGUUGAUGAAAGCAUUGGCAUACUGUCAAUGAUCAACUGAAGGAUGAUGCAUUCCUCAGUCAGGUCUUUGCCAGAUUACUUGGGGUGUUUACCUGAGAUGUUUAGUCCCGUUGUUUGUUUCCUACCUUGAUUUGGUUCAUUUGUGUCGAUGUGAACAUAGCAAUCAAGACUUUAAGUGAACAAACUCAACUGAUUGAGACCAAAGUAAACAAACUACAUGUGUGAAAACACCCUAAAUCUAGAAAUGGUUGGGGGCCAGAACGGGAUUGAAACCAGGGGAUCCAAAACCCAAAGAAGACCCCUGGAACACCUCCAGAAAGUCACAGUGGAUGACAAACUAAGAAGCUUUUCAAGAUUAAAGGAAAGUCUUGGCUAUAGGCUUCAACAAACGCAACUAGUCCUCAGCCACUUUAAAAUCGAUCGCUGCCCAAAGAGAUUACCAUCUUGAUGGCAGAGAAAAGUUCAGAUCACAACCAUACAACCUUCUUUUGUGUACCACUUGCAGGUCAGUUUUAGGCCAACAGAUCGACUUGUAAUGAUUCAGCUGAACACAGGCUGAUGUACCACAGGGAAUGGAAAAACCAACGCAUUGAUCUGUAAUGUUUCAGGCACCAUCGCACAGUCAUUCAAACAGACACUUUCAGUUCAGAGGUCUGGUCUGAAUUUAUCCAAACUCAGAACAAACUCAGAAAUAAUAAGCCAAAAAGAUGUCUGCUUUGCUCUGGACAAGUUUUCUGUUGUUUUUUAUAGUCAAUGUGAAGCGGACCCACUGUGACAAGACAGUUUUAGCGCCAUCAAUCACCCUCUGUGUGGUGUUGCUCAUACCUCUCUGCUUCUCCCCCUUUGCUUUCUGUUACACUGCAGUUUAGCAAAGCAUGCUGUGAAUGCUAAGGCCAGUUAGCAUAGCCACUGAUGACAUGGAAUAAACGGUUUUCCUGUAACGCUAAGUUCCCCAGGGUGUCAUUUAUGCCUCUGGUUCCAACAUUGAAAUCUUGUCUGAAUUUUUUGUAUAAAUAUUAUUUUUUUACUUAAUGCUCAGAGAAACAGCUGUUAUCUAAAAUAAUCUAGUUUUAUGUAAAAA